GCACAAGCAAUUCAUGGAAGACCUCUUCCUGGCUCCAUAGACUACUCUUCACAGUUCCCAGCCAAGGAAAGCAGAGAAAUUCAAGGCCUUCCCAGGCUCUGGUUCCCUGAUGCCGCUCCUCCUCCUUCUUCCGGUCAUGCGAUCCAGCACGUUGC